CGGGCGAGUAUAAGACUUAAGUCGGGAGAAGUUUGCGCACAGCUCACAGCUGAGCGAGAGAAGGCAGGCGCCGGGAAGGACGGCCAGCCCCCCAGACUGGGUGGGCUGUGCCGCGCCGCUCCGGACCUUCCUGGGUUGGAGAGGUGCGCACCGUCUGCACCGCACCCUGCGGCUGGCAUCUCCUGCCCAGGAGAUGCACCCUGGAGCCUGAGGUCCUAAGUCUCUGGAGCCACCACCUGCGAAUGCCCUUCGCCUCUCCUGAUCUGUGCCCGGCCGCCCAGUGAGAUUAUUCCAGGACUUGGAAGAUCAUCUUCUGAGACCAAAAAUGAAGCUCACACCGGUACGCUGGUGCUUUAUCUUCUUGCUCUUCCUAAAUCUACCGACUGAAACUCUGCCUGCCACUUCAAAUGACACCCACCAUCCGACAACAGAGCCGGAGCCAUUUCUCUACAUUUUGGGGAAACAGAGGCUGUUGGAGGCGGAGCACAGAUGCUAUGACCGAAUGAGAAGGUUACCCCCUUACCAAGGACAAGGCCCCUUUUGCAACCGUACCUGGGAUGGAUGGACCUGCUGGGAUGACACACCGGCUGGAAUUCUCGCCCAUCAGUACUGCCCAGAUUAUUUCCCGGACUUUGAUUCAGCAGAAAGAGUUACAAAAUACUGUGGUAAGGACGGGAUUUGGUACAAAGACCCUGAGAGCAACAUAACCUGGUCCAACUACUCCAUGUGCAACGCUUUCACCCCUGAGAAGCUGCAGAACGCGUUCAUUCUGUACUACUUGGCUAUUGUGGGUCAUUCUAUGUCGAUUUUCGUCUUGGCGAUUUCCCUGGCGAUUUUCAUGUUUUUCAGGAGCCUUCGCUGCCAACGGGUGACUCUGCACAAGAACAUGUUUCUGACUUACAUCCUGAAUUCUAUAAUUAUCAUCAUCCACCUGGUCGAAGUCGUGCCCAAUGGAGAGCUCGUGAAAAGGGAUCCGCUGAUCUGCAAGAUUUUGCACUUUUUCCACCAGUACAUGAUGGCGUGCAAUUAUUUCUGGAUGCUCUGUGAAGGGGUCUAUCUCCACACUCUCAUCGUAGUGUCGGUGUUUGUUGAGGGACAGUCUCUGCGCUGGUACUAUGUCCUGGGAUGGGGGCUCCCACUGCUGCCAACUACUGCUCAUGCUAUUUCUAGGGCGCUGCUCUUCAAUGACAACUGCUGGCUGAGCGUGGACACCAACCUGCUCUACAUCAUCCACGGCCCUGUCAUGGCAGCACUGGUGGUCAACUUCUUCUUUCUGCUGAACAUUGUCCGGGUGCUGGUGAAGAAACUGAAGGAAACCCCGGAGGCGGAAUCGCACAGGUACCUGAAGGCGGUGAGGGCCACUCUGGUCCUCGUCCCACUGCUGGGGGUCCAGUUUGUCGUCCUUCCCUGGAGGCCUUCCAACCCGCAGCUUGGCCGAGUCUAUGACUACGUGAUGCACUCUCUGAUUCACUUCCAGGGAUUCUUCGUUGCCGUGAUCUACUGCUUCUGCAACCACGAGGUCCAGGAUGCCCUGCUGCGUCAGUGGAGACAGUUUAGAGCCCAGCGCUCCGGGGGCCGCCGCUCCAACCGCGCCACCUCCAGUGCUCCUGCUGCUGCAGCCCUGGCCGAGGCUGGCGACGUCCCUGUCUACAUCUGCCACCAGGAGCCGAGGAAUGAGCCCGCCAACGACCCCGGCGAGGAGGGGGCUGAGGCCAUCCCCAUGGAAGUGAUUGAGCAGCAGGAGUCAUCCGCUUGA